UCACCGUGGAUGUCAAGUCGAACAGACUAGAUGAAUUUUGUAAAAGAAAUCUCGAUACGAAACAGUAUUGUGUUAGCUUACAAUGAAACAGCAUAUUAUUCACAUAAACUUUCUUCUAGGUUAUUCGUUUGUUUUGAAGUUUAUUGCAUUUUACUCUCUGUUGUUUGUGUAUAAUUCAUCAGUAUUGUUGCAAUUACCGAUGCGUCUGCACAUAUCAGAUUGUGAAAUUAUAGGUUUUAAGAAUGCAACAAAGAAUGAAUGUGGAUAUUGUGUUGGUGGAAUCACAAGUUUACCUUACAGUUAUGGCACAGACUGUUAUGGGGUGUGUGGAGGUUCAGGAGUUUUUGACUGCAAUGACACUUGCAAUGGUAGAGCCUAUAUUGAUGAGUGCACAGGGAUUUGUUUGGGUGGUGAUACUAUGUUGGAGGAAAGUGAACUUGAGGAUAAUAAACGUGAUUGUAGGGGUCUUUGUAAAGAAACUGCAGCUUUAUCAUAUAAUCUUGAUGCCUGUGGAAUAUGUAGUCUCAACCCACAGUCUUCAAGCAAGUUUCGAGAUUGUACAAAUACAUGUUAUGUACCAGGGAAUUACCAUCAGAUGGCAGAAUAUCUUUGUGAGAAAUGUGUAGCAGGAACUUCCAGUGUGAUGACCACAGAUGUUUUAGAUGGUUGUGGAAAUUGUGUUAGUAGUGGGAGACCUUGUCCCUGUAAUGGGACAGGAGAAGAAGAUGCAUGUGGAGUGUGUAAUGGAGGUGGAAGUUCUUGUAUAAAGUUAAAUAGAGUUCGCCCUCUUGCAGCACCUUCAAAUUUGGAAACUAAGGUUUUCAUUUUUGGAGCAUUUGAAGGGAAAACUGGAAAAGUUUCUUGUGUUUUCAAAACACCAGAUGGAACUAGGUUAAUGUUUAUGAAUGGUGAAUCAAAUGGAACAGCAGUAGUUUGUAAUGUGCAGCUAGACUCAGGUGAAUACGAAGUAGGAUUCAGUGUGAAUCGAAACCAGAUUAUUUUUGCUAAGAAAACUGUGUUUUUGGUGUAUGAAAAUGGAGUUGGAUAUGAGAAAAUGAGUCCAGAAUCUUCUUUCUACAAAUAUAUGAACAUUAAGAACACUAGUGUACGAGUCACUUUUAGUGGUGGUUCUGUUCCAGAGGUGGUGAUGUAUUGUUUAGUGACUGGACCAGACUGGCCAAAAGAAAGGCGUGUUAUCGUUGGAAAUCAGAAUGCUCCUCAUACUUGUGACCUUCCUUUUCCAAGUUCUUCACAGAAUAUAACGGUGACUCCCUCUUUGGAUGGUCAACAUGAGUUAUCCAAAACAUUUUCUUUUACAUUUUACGCUGGACCCCCUGAAGUUGGUGAAGCUUAUACUACUGAAGAUGGUAGUACUGUAAGUGUAGUGUUUGAUCGCCCAGUUAAUAUUAUGGAACUUCAAGGAUGUCACAGUAUACUUACAGCUAAGACAAUGCAGUUGUUAGGAGAGGGCACACUUUGUAAAUGGGCAACAAAAAAUCAGCUGGUCAUCAGCUCAGAAAAACGUAUUAGUGUUAAUUCUCCAACAAUAUCUUUAAUGUCAGAAGUACUUGUAGAAGAUAAUCAGAAAAUUGCCAUUCCAAAAUCUGAAAACUUGGUAAUACUUGCUCCAAAGGUUCAGACUACCAAUAGAGCUUAUCUUUUAAUAACUGGUCCCAGAACUGUGCCACAGUGUGGAGAAUUUAUGUUGGUUAGCCAUUUUUCUACAUUAAAAGGAGGGGCUGUGAACUAUGAGUGGGAUAUUGUACGAGCAGACAAUCAGCGUGUGCAACCUGACUUUUACUUUGAAGUCAAAGGUAAUAUGUUAAUCUGA